GGAAAAUUUAGGUUGAUUGUUAGUAAAUAUGUUCCUCGGUUGUAUUGUUUAUGUUUCUACAUCUACUUCAAUGGAUUUUCAGUAUUGAUUAAGAUUGUUUUUACAAAGUAUUUGUAUCUAUUUCGUGGUAAAACUUCACAUGUCAAAAAAAUUUGUUCUUCAUAAUUUUGUGCGGAUGAUAAGUGUUGGGGAGUGGUACUUUUUUGGUUUUUAUAUCCCAUUUUUGGAAUAGUGAAGAAUUAAAUGUGAACUAGUGCUAACUAUUAGUGUUACGCAAUGUGAAAGUGCAUUGUUUUGAUUUAUAACGAGAUGACGUUUGUUUUCUGUGGUAGAAUAAAGCAGUAUGCUUUGAUUAUUAGUGCAGUAACAUUAAUUUGUCUUCAGAUCUCAAAUUCAGGAAGAUGUCGCAAAACAUGGAUUGGUUUUGGAUUUGCUAAAUUUGAUUUAUCAGCAGUAUAUUUAUUGUAAACAUGGUAUUAAAAUGGUUAGGGAAUGGAAAAUCUGUGAUGAGACUCUUUGGAAAUUUUUAUUUGGGGUUAUUUGGAUUUUUACUGUCAUUAUUGACACCAAAGCACAUCUUCGCCCUACAGACAUCUCUGCUGUGAGAAAAGAAAAAAUUUGUCAAAGCACAGAUAUUAGAAACUCAGUCAGCAUGUUUUCUCAAUUACGUGGAUGCCAAGUUGUUGAAGGAUUUGUACAAAUUGUAUUAAUUGACAAUGCAGAUGAAUCAGAUUAUGCUAACAUUUCUUUCCCGGAGCUUACAGAAAUUACUGAUUAUUUGCUUCUUUAUCGUGUAAAUGGAUUACGUUCUUUAGGAAAAAUCUUUCCAAAUUUGACUGUUAUCAGAGGAAAUACAUUGUUCGAAAAUUAUGCCCUAGUGGCUUUUGAAAUGCUUCAUUUACAGGAAAUUGGUUUGAUAUCACUAACUGAUAUCCCAAGGGGUGCUGUUCUAUUUGCAAAAAAUCCAACUUUAUGUUUUGUCGAUACUAUUGAUUGGGAUCGUAUAGCUUAUAAUGCCAAGGGUGAACAUUACAUUGCAGCUAAUAAACUACAAAAUGAAUGCCCCAUGUGCCCUACACAUAACCAUUCCUGUGCAACAUCUCCAAUUGAUGGUGGAUCGCUUUGUUGGAAUUCUCAGCAUUGUCAGAAAGUUUGUCCUGCUCACUGUAAUGGUAGCUGCAAUAGUAAUGGGGACUGCUGUCAUUCUUCUUGUCUUGGUGGUUGUCAUGGGCCACCUAAUAGUGACCAAUGUGUCGCAUGCAGAUAUUUUAACUUUCAAAGAAGAUGUGUUAAGAAGUGUCCAAACAAUACUUAUGAGUACCUGAAUCGCCGUUGCAUAUUGGAAUCAGAAUGUUAUACAUUACCCAAGCCAAGAAAAACUGAUGAUAUUAUCAACGGGAAGGAUAAUCCAUGGAAACCUUUUAAAGGACAAUGUGUAUUAGAGUGCCCUACAGGAUACUUAGAAAUAAUGGAUACAUCAAAUGGUCAGGAAAGAUAUAAAUGUGAAGCUUGUAAAGGCAUAUGCAAAAAGGAAUGCCCUGGAGCCAAUGUUGAUAGUAUAGCAGCUGCUCAAGAAUUAAGAGGGUGUACAGUUAUUAGAGGAGCUCUAGAAAUUCAGAUUAGAGGUGGUGUUAAUGUUGUUAAAGAACUUGAAGAAAAUUUGAAUACCAUCGAAGAAAUUGAUGAUUAUUUAAAAAUUGUUCGAUCUUUUCCCAUUGUUUCAUUGAACUUUUUAAGAAAUCUCCGAGUAAUACAUGGAUAUAAACUUGAAAGCUCUAGGUCUGCUUUGAUUAUAUUAGACAAUCAAAAUUUGGUAGAAUUAUGGGAUUGGAAAACUCGUAAAAAUGAAUUUCGUAUUGAUCAAGGGAGGCUAUUUUUUCAUUUUAAUCCCAAAUUGUGUCUGUCAGAAAUUGAUAAACUCAAAAGGGUAGCUGGAUUGGGAGAUUAUACUGAACAUGAAGUAGCCAGUAGUUCAAAUGGUGACAAAGUUGCUUGUAACAUAAAGGAGUUAAAAGUCACUGUUUAUAAGAAGAAUUCAAUAGCAGCUCUUAUUCGAUGGAAUCAGUUUGAACAUUAUGAUUCUCGUACAUUGCUUGGUUAUGUUGUUUAUUCAAUUGAAGCACCGUACCAAAAUAUUACAAUGUAUGAUGGAAGGGAUGCAUGUGGUGGAGAUGGGUGGCAAGUUGAUGAUGUAUCUGCAUCAGAAAACCCUGCAGCAAUAGAUGGAAAAAAGCAGGAAAUAAAUCAUAUUCUGACACGCCUGAAACCAUAUACCCAAUAUGCUUUUUAUGUGAAAACAUAUACUGUUGCCACCGAAAAAAGUGGUGCUCAAAGUCGUAUUCAGUAUUUUCGAACAGAACCUGAUAGACCUACUGAACCUCGUGGUUUAACUGCGUUUUCUAAUUCUAGUUCAGAGUUAGUUAUUCAUUGGCAGCGCCCAGCACAUCCUAAUGGUAAUUUGACACAUUACAUUGUGACAGGUCACUGGGAAAAGGAUAACGAAGAAUUUAUUGAACAAAGAAAUUAUUGUCUCGAGCCUAUUUCAUUACCUCCUGAUACACAUAAAAUUACUCCAAAACCAAAGGUAGAAGAACAUAAUGACCUCACUGAUGAAAAACUUGCUUCUUGUCCAUGCAAAAGUAAAAUAGUUGACAAUAAACAGCGUGAAAAAGAAAUUCAGCUAGAAGAUCAUUUGCAAAACCAAAUUUACAUCAAGAGGUAUAACAACAAUAGAGAAAAACGGGACAUAUCAAGCCAAAUCAUAGAAAAGAGGAAGUCUGUUUUACCUAAUCAAAAGGAGGAAACAGAAUCACAUUCCUUUAUCAAUGGAACACAGUUCACUAGAAGUGUUGAUGGAAAUACUAGUAUGUUACUUAUGAAAAAUUUGCGACAUUUUGCAUUGUAUAAUAUCGCAGUGCGAGCAUGUCGUAAAUUGGAAGAAGGAGAGAAUAGUACAAAGAAUAACACUUGUAGUGAAGAAGCUAUUGUGACUGCUAGAACAUUACGGUUAGCCACUGCUGACAGCAUUGAUAGUCAGUAUCCGAUCUGGGAAAUUUCAAAUAAAAGUUUAGGAGUUGUGCAAUUAAAAUGGAAUGAACCUAAAAAUCCUAAUAGUCUCAUUGUUGCUUAUGAAAUUGAAUACAAACGAUCUGAUAUUGAGAAUUAUAAACCGACAGUCGAAUGCAUUACUAGAAAACAUUUUGUGGAGUCUGGAAAUGUAUACUAUCUGCGGAAUCUUGGACCAGGAAAUUAUAGUUUGCGUUUACGGGCAACAUCUUUGUCUGGAAACGGCUAUUAUACUCCUUACAAAUAUUUUGUGAUUGAGGAAGAAUAUACCAUCGCCUCACAUUUAUUAUAUAUCCUGAUUAUUAUCUUCGUGCUGGCUUUAUUAUUUUUAAUAGUUGCUGCUUUUUUUCUGAGAAGACAAUAUAGUCAAUUGCCUAAUAGAAAACUUAUUGCAUCUGUUAAUCCUGAGUAUGUUCCUACAGUUUAUGAACCAGAUGAUUGGGAAGUUUCUAGAAGUCGUGUUGAACUACUUGGUGAAAUAGGUCAAGGUUCUUUUGGUAUGGUUUAUGAAGGAAGAUUAUAUAACUCUGAAGGUUCUUCUGAGCAACCCUGUGCUGUAAAAACUGUCAAUGUGCAAGCUGCUGAUAGAGAAAGGAUUGAGUUUUUGAAUGAAGCCUCAGUUAUGAAGGCUUUUAAUACACACCACGUUGUCAAACUAUUGGGUGUAGUGUCUCAGGGGCAACCUACUCUUGUCAUAAUGGAGUUGAUGAAACGAGGGGAUCUUAAGUCCUAUCUUCGUUCUCAUCGUCCUGAUUCAGGAAAUUCAAAUGUUGUUCCUCCAUCUUUGAAGAGGAUAUUGCGAAUGGCUGCUGAGAUUGCUGAUGGUAUGGCUUAUCUUGCUGCCAAAAAGUUUGUUCAUCGUGAUUUAGCUGCCAGGAAUUGUAUGGUGGCUGAAGAUCUAACUGUAAAAAUAGGAGAUUUUGGCAUGACCAGAGAUAUUUAUGAAACUGAGUAUUAUCGAAAAGGUUCAAAGGGACUACUUCCUGUUAGAUGGAUGGCACCAGAAAGUUUGAAAGAUGGAAUUUUUACUUCUUAUUCAGAUGCUUGGAGCUAUGGUGUAGUAUUAUAUGAAAUGGCAACACUUGCAUCUCAGCCUUACCAGGGACUUUCAAAUGAUCAAGUUUUAAGAUAUGUGAUAGAUGGUGGCAUUAUGGAACGCCCAGAAAAUUGUCCUGAUAAGUUGUACAGCAUAAUGCGACUAUGUUGGGAGCAUAAACCGUCAUCUCGUCCAAGUUUUAUUGAGUUAGUUACAUUAUUGCAAAAUGAUGUAGGUAUUGAUUUCCAUGAGGUUUCUUUUUACCAUAGUGAAGAAGGCAUUGAUUAUCGUUCUCAAAUAACAUCAGAAGACACACCUCUUCGUGUUUCACGUGAAAUUGAAGAUUUUUCUUUAAGUGAGGAUGAAGAUUUUAAGGAACCUCGAUCUAGUACUAGUAGUAAAAUUAGUAAUGGAAGUACAAACCCAAAUGGCUAUGUUCCUCAGCAAAUAGUCACUACUAAGUGCUGAUGUCAAUGAAUUUUUAUAAAUUAUUUAUAUGCCAUUGAGUGAUAUGAUUAUUUAUAAUAGGGUAAUCAAUACCCAGUAUAUUAAAAAUUAGCAUACUGUGAUUAUAUGGUUUUAUAAUACAUACAUCCCACACAAUUUAUGCACACAUACAUUUAUAUACAUACUUACAUUGUAAAUUUCUUCAUUAAGAUUUUAUGUUUACAUAACAUUUGGCUUUUCAAGGAAGCCAAAGAAUAAGGAUUAGUAUGUUUGUAUUUUUUUGUAUGUGUGAAUUUAAGGUGUGUGUGUUACAAUUACAGAAACACAUUUUGAGGUGUCCGUAGUCUUAUACGUUGAUUAACUCAAUGUUCACACGCAUAUACACUCCAUUAAAUCUUUACCAACUCUAAAAACACACACACACACACACAAACACAAACUCACUCACUCACAUACACUUAUUCACAAAACUGCUGACACUUUUGCUUUAAAACAUUCUGAUAGCUUUAACUGCCCUUGAAGAUAUAUUAGUAUUUUAAAUAUUAGAACUUAUAAAAAUUGUAAAUUGUAAUAUAUGUAUUAUAGCAUAAGCAUUGACAUAGUAAAUAUAUAGUUUGAUACAAUUUUUAUAUCAAAAAUUGAAGUUGGUAUAAUUUUUUUUUGUCUGAAUUCUAGUAUGAUUGGAGAACUAAUAAUCUCAUCUUUAAUAUUAUUUUUUUUUACUUUUUUAAAAAAAGUCUUUUGUUUACUCAAAAGUAUUUCUCAUUUUUCGAACUCAAGUACAGUCUGGCAGAAUCGGAAGAACAGGGUUUGAUCAAUCAUAAUUAUAAAGAUAGUUAUGAAUUACAGAUCCUAUCAUAUAGAUUGUUAUUGUUUUAUUUAUUCUACUGUAUCCUUUGAUAGAUUUAUAAGUAUGAAAUGAAUGUGUGAGUGUGCGCGUGCUUCAGAUAUAUAUAACAUAAUGUUUUUCACUUCCCUUUAUCCAGUAUUGAUAUUUAAAUCAUGAAAAAUAUUUAUUUUGAAAUAAUACUCGUUAAAACGUGGAAUUAGAGUGUCACCGGCCUUUUUUCUUUAAAUUAUAAUUUUUUUUAUUGUUUGGUAUUCAUUUAACUACUAAUAGUUAAUAAGUUAGUGUAAGUGGUAUCUAUUUAUUACCCCAUUUUGUCUUUCUUAUAAUAAUAGUGGGAAGGCCUCACUUAAGGCAGAGUAAAACAAAAAUAUUUGUUCUGAUAUUGUUGUUUGGUCUUUCUAGUCUUUAUUUUUGAACCAUUUAUGACAUGUCAUUAAAUUCUGCUAUAUUUAUUAUGUAUGUAGAAUAUUAUGAUGUCUGAUAUAUCCUUUAAUGUUUUACAGUUUCAAGAAAAUCAUUCAAUCUCAAUAACUAUACAUGAAUAAAGUACAUAUCUACUUUGUUGGCUUCAAUAAAUUCUUCAAAGCUUUUUUUUCUACCAGACAGCAUUGUAAAGUUUUAUUUUCUAAUAAAAUGCUCUCCCAAUAGAUUCUAGUCAACUGUUUAAUGCUUAAUUUUACUAGUAUUAUUAUUUUGUUGUGAGAAUUAGUUUAAAUGCAGUUUCUUUAUAUUUACAAAAUCAUUUGUUCAUUUGUUGGUUGAUAAGUUUACAAAUUAAAUAAUUAUUUACUAUUGAAAUAUUGCUUAGUUUAGUUUUAUAAAACAUUUUCUUAACUGUUAGUUGAACAAAAAAAACAAACAAAAUUAUUUAUAAAAACAGAACUAUAUUUCUUUGUAUCUGUUUAAUCUCUCUUCUUUUUAAAUUGAACUGCUCUCCGUAUUCUGAUAUGCUGUAUUGGAGUUAAUAAUUUAUAGUAUUAUGUAGUCCCAAAUAUUUUAUUAAUGAUUGCUAUUACCAUGUAAUUAUUUCAUAAUUUAUUACUAAAAAUCUAUGUAUAAAAAGAAAUAACAUAUUGCUCAAUAAUUAGCUGCUAUUUUGUAUUAUGUACUAAGCAUUUGGGAUUUCUAAUUUAGAUAAUUUUUGUUUUUGAUGAUUGUGCUUAUAAUUUUUGUAAGCCCUUAUUAAUUCUAGGUGUUUUAAUGAAAAGUACAUGUUACCAGUCCUUAAAUGUUGAAAUUAGUAUUACAGUUUGUUUUUGUCGUUUUGUCUUAGGUUAUUAUGUACGACUCUAAAUAUAGCUUUUCAACAAAGUCUUGUAUUUUGAAUAUCUUUUAAUGUAUUAUAACACUUAUGUUUUGUAUUUAUAUAUUACGUAUUUGAAUAAGUUUUCCAAUGAGUUAUAAAUUCUGUAUUUAAAGUUCGUAAACUGAUAGUUAUAUUAAUUAAAUUCAAAAGUUUAACAUCACAUAAAAUUAUUUUGCAAGUAUCAUUCAAUUUUUAUUCUAUCCAAUAAAGUAUUAUUUUAGGAGGAAAGUAAGAAAACUCUGUUUUCUAUUCUAUUUUUAUCAGUAUGGCAUAAAAUGCUACAUUCUAUUUGGUACAAAUUUUGUAUUAUUACAUAUCAAAUUUUUAUUUAUUUAUUUUAUUGAAGAAACAGAUUAAUUAAAGUUGUGAUCAAAAAGUAAAAUAUUGAUGAUGAAUGUACUCAUCAAUAAUUAUGGUCUUACCUACGAGUAAUGGUUUACUGCAAAGGGUAAUUCAAGAGCAUCUAGUAGUUUAUUUUUCUAGUAACUAGUCUUUUUCUGUUCUUUUUUAGAUCUGAUCCUUAAGUAUUUUUUAUCGAAUUAUGUUUUCUACUAGCAGUUUAAACAUUAUAGUUCCUCUUUUUAGUUUUACUAGUACUGUUUAAUAACAUAAUGAUGUAUGUGAUCACAUUUUCCCAUUAUUAUUAUUAUUAUUAUUGUUUUCAUGCUCUUAUGUCUUUUUCGUAACAAUACAGCAUAAUUAUCAUGUACAAUAGGUAAUAAAUUGUUGAUUGUCAACUGAUGCCAAAUGGAUUAUUGUAUAUAUGAAAGUAAAGUAAUUAUAUUUUGUAAAAGUUCCUGUUAAUUAAAAAUGUACAGUUUUAUUAUUUACUUUGUAUAAUAAUUAAAGUUGUAUUGAGUUUUGUAAAUAAUGUGGUGUUCAUAGAGAAUGUUUUCAAAUAUAUUUCAUAUUGUUGGUUUAA